GCUCUGUGGUCACAUGCUUGUCAAGGAAGAUCAGCUGACACUGGCUUGAUUCUGCUUUCACGCUCGUCCUCGGCGGGUUUCUCUUCCGCUUCAGCCCAAACCUACUCAAUUACUAAACGUAUUAUAUUUAUAUCGACGUAUUUAUUUGUGCUGCUUAGCCCAGGGUUUCUACACUUAUCCCUACUUUAGCACACGGCCGAAUCGAUGCUGCUAGAGUGGAUGAUGGACGGACACGCCAUUCUUUACACGGGGGUCACUUUGGCCUUCUGGAGCACCAUACUCGUUGUCGGCAUAUGCUAUACAAUAUUCGAUUUAGGAUUCCGCUUCGAUGUGGCAUGGUUCCUCACAGAAACGUCACCUUUCAUGUGGGCUAAUCUGGGUAUUGGUUUGGCCAUUUCGCUGUCUGUAGUAGGAGCCGCUUGGGGAAUCUACAUCACUGGAUCAAGCAUCAUUGGCGGCGGAGUCAAGGCCCCUCGCAUUAAAACCAAAAAUUUAGUUAGCAUAAUUUUCUGUGAAGCUGUUGCAAUCUAUGGCAUCAUUAUGGCUAUUGUCAUCAGUAACAUGGCUGAGAACUUCAGCGGAACAACUCCUGAGACAAUCGGAGCAAGGAAUUACCAAGCGGGGUACUCUAUGUUCGGCGCGGGACUGACAGUGGGCUUCUCCAAUCUCUUCUGCGGCAUCUGUGUUGGUAUCGUGGGGAGCGGGGCGGCGCUGGCCGACGCCCAGAACGCCAGCCUUUUCGUCAAGAUCCUUAUUGUGGAGAUUUUCGGCAGCGCAAUCGGCCUCUUCGGUGUCAUUGUGGCUAUCCUGCAGACGUCAAAAGUAAAGAUGGGUGACUAGAAGAGGACAAGAAGAUGACAACGCUGGAAAAAAAUACAAGAUGUGUAAAUAGUACAUCGUAAAUUAUUUAAAUGUUUACCUGGUAUUGUCUUUAACUGUCAUUUCAAGAAGAACAGCUGUUCAUCCUCUUCAUGAAUGUUGGUUAAAAAUGACAUUAUAGAGUAUUUGAACAUAUUUGUGCGAGUGUGUGUUUUGAAAUUUUGUGUGGUUCAUUUUCUUCCUUCUGUGAAGCAUGUUUAACAUUGUAUUCUUCUUUACUGUUGCCUGGUCUGUAACUAGUGACCCUUUGAAAUUUAAAGGAAAAUAAACCUUAGCACCAAUGUCCCCCAUGAGUGAGAUUUUGAGUGGACUUGUCUUAUGACACGACACACAGAAGUGGCCAGAAAUCAUGUGGAACAUUUUCACAGUUUGGAAGCUUCGCCGUGAAAAUGCUGGUGGGACUGCCUGUAUCUGUUGCCACUUAGCAUCUUUUAAUUGUUGUUUUUGUACCUUUCAUAAUUGCUUUAGUCAUCAAUUACUUUGCAGUUGAUUGUUUCUGAAUCAGCAGGGGAAGAAAAGACAAGUUCUAAGUAAAAUGAGCUGUACUAUAUGAACUUAAAAUGUAAAAGUUUAGUUUUACUUGGAUUUGGCAGACCAGGCGAACUAACUCAUGAACUGCUUCCUUGUAAUUAUUCCCCUGAAAUUGUGAAAUACUUCUAACGGAUUUAAUUGUCAUCAAUGUUACAAAUGUGAUUUCAACCGCUUCUCACUGGCUCAAUCGAGCCUGAACUAAUGCGCGUACCGAACUCCAUAUUAGUCUGUUCGCUGUGUGAGUGUAAUAAUGUGCAUGUGACGUUGAUGAAAGUAAAUGUCCAAUAAAAAUGACAAACAUC